AGUUUGCACCCUUAAGUGUUAUUCAACACCAUGCUUGAGCUCUUUUUACAUUGCUUGUGAUUGAAGUUAUGAAACUUAAAAAAUUAUAUAUUCUAUCUGCUGCCUGUUUUCAAGAUCUUACUAGUCGCUUGUAAGGUCCAACCCCUAUAAAGACAAGAAUGCCUAUUGAUGUGGUGGAGUUUUGUCUCGGGGGCACUGCAGCUGCCUGUGCAGUUCUUUUCACAAACCCGUUAGAAGUAGUCAAGACUAGGUUCCAACUGCAGGGAGAGUUGAAGGCGUGGGGAACCUAUCAACGUCACUACAGGAAUGUCUUCCAUGCCUUCUACACCAUCGGUCGAUAUGACGGUCUCCUUGCCCUGCAAGCUGGGUUGGCCCCAGCUCUUGUGUAUACUGCGAUUCAGAAUGGCACAAGACUCGGAACCUACCAGAUUUUAGUGGAUAUGGGGCUAACGAGGAAUAAGGCCGGUGAAACGAGUCUUCCAAGGACAAUCUGUGCAGCAGGAGUCGGUGGUUAUGUAGGGGCACUGAUCAGCAGUCCUUUGUUCCUUAUUAAGACACAUCUUCAAUCCCAGUCUAAUGAAGUCAUUGCAGUAGGUCACCAGCACACUCACAGUGGUUGGCUGCAAGGCUUGAAGAAGAUCUACGUAGAGGGCGGCGUCAAGGGCUUAUGGAGAGGGGUCCACGCUCAGACUGUACGAAAUGUUAUAGGUUCGGCAUCGCAGCUGACAGCUUUUGCUUUAACGAGUGAUUUUAUCACUGAAAAAGAGAUCUUUGUGCCUAGCAGUCGCUACAUCCCCAUCACCUCGAGCAUGGUGGCGAGCGCCGCCAUCGUAGUCUUUGUGACACCCUUUGACGUCAUAAGUAUCCGCCUGUACAACCAAGGAGUGGACAAGGGAGCGGGAAAGGGGGUGUAUUACCGGGGCUUCUGGGACUGUGCUUUGAAGAUCUGGCGAAGGGAGGGUCCAGUAGGGUUCUACAAGGGUUGGUCCGCCUCCUGGUUCCGGUUCGCGCCACAAACCAUCCUGAGUCUUUCUUUCUGGAAUAUGAUGCAAAAUGGCUACUACCGUUACCUAGGGGAGAGGCAUAUGUCUCAAUUACGUCGUAACCAAGCAAAGACGUUGUGAUAUGAGAACAGGCGUUCAUGAUUACAUAUACCUCAUCUAUUCUUUAGAGAUGCUAAAACUUGAUGUUCAUAUUCGGUGUGAUGUUUCUGUCAACUAUUACAGGCGUUAUAACAACAGAGUCGAAACGAAUUACUAGUUUGUACAUCCAAUAUCUGUUCGACCAUUUACUAAGGCCUAAAGAGGUUUUUGACGCAGGAUGGAUUUCUUCUUUGUUUUCGUUUGUUCGUUUCUUUCUUUCUAAAUUUAUAUACCAUCGAACGCUAUGAAUCUUUGCAGGCCGACGUGAUCUCAUUUUGGAAACAGCGAAGCGACCGAAUGGAUAUAGAUCUGAGAUGGCGUCUCGGUGGCGAGUGGUUGAACCGUUUAGUUUGCAUCAUGGGCCUACAAUAAUAGUCUCAUCUUGUGGCAAGAUAUUGAGUUGGAAGGAUAGAGUAGUGCUAACUCAGUAACUGAGCGAUUGAUAAUGGUAAAAACUUAUGAGAUUGCAAGAAGCUUCGGCUGGAAAAAUGAGGGUGUCAUAAAUUACCAAGCAACAGGUCCCUCGUUCGAAACUCACUUGUUUGUUUUAGUCAAUAAAACUGACAGACUUUAGUACCAGUCGCACCAUUAUAAAAUCGUACCAGAAUUUUUUUUUUUUUUUGUAGGCGUAGCCUGAAGGUAAUAUAAAGUGUAAAUCAGAUUACCAGAAUGCGAGAAAUCAAGGCGAAAGACCCGGGCUCCGUCUUACAAAGAGUUGCGAUUGACCCAAUCAAUCGUAACUCUAUUGAAAUCCAUCAGUAUCAUAAUCUUUUCUAAAGGAAAUUUGCAAAAUGUCCUUUGUAAACAAAGGAGAACACGCCAAAUUGUCAAGAAAUCAAUAAAUUAUGAAUAUACAUUCAUAUCUACUUUUUUAAAUAAACAUGCAUUUUAGAUGUUGACUUUGCUGGCUUUCCAUAGUUGCGAUUGAUUGAAUCAAUCGCAACUCUUUGUAAGACGGGGCCCUGAUCAUCAGCGUACAGUAAUUUUUUUCUGAAUGAAGUCUUGGACAAAGUUUGUCAUCGGGUAGAGCUAACAAUUAAAAUCAUUUGUUUAUAUAUUAUUGCGGUUACGCGUUAAACGUGAGCUUCAAAGAAAGAAGUUCACGCUGACAUGAAGUUUAUUUUUAAAUUAGGAAAAAAUAUAAACUAUUGGUGAAUGUUUCGAGGAAAAUUGAUCAACAUUUAAAAAGUUUGUAGAUUUGUUAUCAUUAUUAUUAUUUGUUGACGUCUUAUGCGAGCAGCUUCCCCAUUAUAUCAUAUAGUACAAAAAAUGAAUGAAAUGCCAUUUUAUUAAAAACUUGAAAAUGUUUUUUUAUUGUACCUUCAUUAUGUCAAAAGACAAAUUAUUUCAGACCCGCUCCUGAAAGAAAAAAAAAGUCAUCAUGAACCAUUUCAAAAAUAAAGUUUAUCCAUUUUAUAUAAGAUAACUAUGGGGUAGCUACUCGUACAUGACGUCACAAAUCAACAUUUCAUUUACAUUUUACAAGUCGACUUGGCGAGAAAACGUAUCUCGCCACCCCGACAGGUCGAUGGCAACUUAAAGCUACCGUACAGAUCUUCAUCAACUUAGUAACAAACGUUAGUUUGAAAUUGAAAGUUUGUGAAAUAUAGAUUGGCAGUUAUUAAUUGUAGUAUGUAGUUAUCGUUGAGCCAUCUAUUAUUUUUUUUUGCCUCCGACGAAGAUUCUGCUAGGAUCGAAAGCUUAGGCCCCUUUUUGACUUUCUAAUUUCUUUAACAAACAAACUUUAUUUUUUUUUCUUUUUUUAUAAUAGAAUAAAAAGGAGAUUUGAAUAGUUGGACAACG